UGGGCUCCAGGUAGUGCAGACGGUGCUUCCGGCUUGCUUGGGGAGGAGUCUGGCGGAAGAGAGGGGAGAGCAGAAGAAGCAGGAAGGAAGGACGGACCGGCCUCUUCAGCGCACAGCCCCCCCCGGCCCCCCCAGCAUGAAAUCGGAGAGCGAGGAGAACAGACCUGUCCUUCUCCGGGAAGAGGUGAGCCAGCUGCAGGAGGAGAUCCACUUGCUCCGGCAAAUGAAGGAAAUGCUCACCAAGGACCUGGAGGAGACGCACGGGGGCAAGUCGACCGAGAUCCUUUCGGCCACGGAGCUCAGGGUCCAGCUGGCCCAGAAGGAGCAGGAGCUGGCGAGAGCCAAGGAAGCCCUCCAGGCCUCCCUGAGUGCCCCCCCCGAGUCCAAACAGGCUCUUGAUUUACGGAGCAAAGAGGACGGUGCGGCGAAGCCCAAACCUUCACACGCGUCCCUCAGGGGCCCUUUGGCCCCGGUGGGAAUUCUAAUAGAUAAUCCCCCAUGUGCUGCCUAUCCCUGCCUGGGGCUGAUGGAGCUGAGCCCAUGGGAGGGCCAAGCCGCCCCAGAGCCCCAUCGGCGUGUCCCUCUGCCAACUCGCGUGCCCACCCCUCGGCUCCUUGCGCUGCUGUUCAACUGCGCAUGGACAGCCCUGGGCUCUCCCACCAACGGGCCCUCUUUUGCAAUUCGCAAACCUGAGACCGAAGUGCGCCAGCUGCGCCCCCAGGGUGAGACCGCCGGAAGCAGCGCUGCCCGCCCGCAGGGGUGCGCCCCGAGAUUCAUAACUUUUCCUUGGCCUCCGCAGGAGAGUGAAGAUGCGGUCAAGGCCCUCGCGAAAGAAAAGGACCUGCUGGAACGAGAGAAAUGGGAGCUGCGGCGGCAGGCCAAGGAGGCCACUGACCACGCCAGCGCCCUUCGCUCGCAGCUGGACCUCAAAGACAACCGAAUGAAGGAACUGGAAGCCGAGCUAGCUAUGGCGAAGCAGUCCUUAGCCACCCUGACCAAGGACGUCCCCAAGCGGCAUUCGCUGGCCAUGCCAGGUGAGACGGUGCUCAACGGAAACCAGGAAUGGGUGAUGCAGGCCGACCUCCCGCUCACGGCCGCCAUCCGGCAGAGCCAGCAGACGCUGUACCACGCCCACCCCCAGCACACGGUGGACCGGCAAGCGGUCCGGGUCAGCCCGUGCCACUCGCGACAGCCCUCCAUCAUCUCCGAUGCUUCGGCAGCCGAGGGGGAUCGGUCGUCCACGCCGAGCGACAUCAACUCGCCACGGCACCGAACACAUUCCCUCUGCAAUGGAGACAGCCCUGGACCGGUACAGAAAAACCUGCACAACCCAAUUGUCCAGUCUCUAGAGGAUCUUGAGGACCAGAAGCGGAAAAAGAAGAAAGAGAAGAUGGGGUUCGGCUCCAUCUCCCGCGUCUUCGCCCGAGGGAAGCAGCGCAAAUCGCUGGACCCCGGCGUCUUCGACGGUACUGCCCCCGACUACUACAUAGAGGAAGAUGCCGACUGGUGACGGGCAGCCCCCUCCCGCUUCCGGCGUGCGGGCGGGGGUCCGGGCGAGCGAGCAGCGGCUGCACCUGCA